AGCAAACAGUUCCGGGUUUUUCCUCUUGUCUCCUGCAGCUUUAGUCACAGGUCGGCACCAUGUCUCUUUUAUUGGACAAUCAAUUUAAAGAACUUCCUGAAGACAAGUCUGUGGACACCAAGACCUUCUUGGACAAUGUUUCCAGCCUGCCUUCGUUUUUCGACUGCUUCGGAUCAAGCGUGUUUUCAAUCAUCAAGAAGGACCUCAAUGGAAACAUAACAAAAAUAAAAGCAGUUUAUGUUCAGGAUCCUGCAAAGUACGCCACCUUGCAGAAUAUCCUAGAAGCAGAGCGAGAAGCCCACAAAGAAUGGCCUAAAGUUGGAGCAACAUUGGCUCUGAUGUGGCUCAAGAGGGGUCUCCGUUUCAUACAGGUUCUGCUGCAGAGUUUGGCCGAUGGAGACAGAGAUGAGAACAACCAGAACCUUAUCCGGAUCAAUGUCACCAAAGCCUAUGAGCAGACUCUGAUAAGAUACCACAGCUGGGUGGUUCAGAAAAUUUUUAAGGCAGCACUAUACGCAUCUCCCUACAGAUCAGACUUUCUUAAGGCCCUUUCAAAGGGAGAAGAAGUAAAAGAAGAGGACUGUAUGGCAAACCUGCGUACCUUCCUGGUUAACUACACGGCCACUAUAGAUGCCAUCUACGAGAUGUACACAAAUCUAAACGCAGAGCUGGACUACACCGUUUGAUGUAGGAGGAUAAACCUAGACCAGAGGUUCAGGAUGACUGAUGG